AUGUGGCAUCCUUGGCGCGGGCGGCGCUGUGGACCUUUCCUGCGCAUGGGCGGCUUCGGGGCCACCUCGUCUCCUACGCCGCCGCGCGGCCUCUCUGGCACACCCUCGACAUGCUGCGGACGGGCGCCGCUUGCCCGAGCUUCUGGCAGGCCCCCGCCUUCGUCGACACUAUGGCUGAUGCAGUUGCUGGUGUGGCGCCCUCUCGGGGUGCAGUGGCUCCCCUUCCUCAUGCGGUCUCGGCGGCGCGUGCUGAGAUUGCUGAAGCUGCUGAUCGCCGCCCUCGGCCUCGACGUGCUGCUCGUCGCGCGCUGCGUGGGCUUGCUCUACUCGAUGCACCGCUGCUGCGGCUCCUCGCUUUCCGGCUGGGUAAGCUCCUUGGCCAGCGGCGCUCCGCCAUCUCCGCCUUCGGCUGGGCCCAGGUGCGUUCGCUGCUCGCCCGAUGCCCGCGCUCGCGGUCUUGGGCGGUGCUCAGAAGCUGGGCGGGCGGAUGGCUAA